AGCUGUAAAUUUGGUAGAAGAAAUGGAGAAGAAAGGGUACCAACCUGAUGCAAUUACUUGUGGAACAUUACUAAACUUUUUGUGUAAGAUUGGCGAGACUGGUGUGGCUAUUAGGUUGCUUAGGAAGCUUGAAAAAGAGAAUUUUGAACUAAAUGUGGUGCUCUAUAACACGGUCAUUGACAGUUUAUGUAAGGACAGAUUGGUAAAUGAUGCUUUGAACCUUUUAUCUGAAAUGAUGAGUAAAGGCAUUCAACCAGAUCUGGUCACUUACAAUUCCUUAGUUCAAGGUCUAUGCAAUUUUGGCCGGGGGAGGGAGGCUGCUACCUUGUUGAAUGAGAUGGAACAAAGGAAGGUCAUGCCAGAUGUACAAACAUUUAACAUUUUGGUGGACACACUUUGCAAGGAAGGGAGGUUGACUGAGGCAAAAGAAGUUUUUAGAGUGAUGAUUUAAAGAGACCUUGAG